GAACGCCUGAGGACAAGAGGAAGACGAGGUUCAGGGAAAGAAAGUCGACGAGACGACGCGGGCAGUCGGAGCCGCUGCAGAAUCCAGACCACGAAGCUUUGAAGAUGGAGCUACUGUUUGUGACUCUUUUGAUCCUCUGCAAAACCAGUGACACGCUCUCUACCAACAACGCCUCAGAUAUGAAUCAGCAGACUGGGAUUAGGACCGCUGAAGUUGGAGAGACAGUGACUCUAACCUGUUCCUUCCCGCUUCUCCUGGUGUAUUGUCUGAGUGUCGCUCUGGCAAUAUCUAUCAUCGGGGUCCUUGUUUUGUCUUCCUUCAUGUACACGCUGCAGUUAAAUCUCAAGAGUGCCUGUGAAGGAGUUGAUGCCAAUGAGAGAUUUCCUUCAACCAGAACAGCUGUGCAGGAGCGCGAGCCAGGAGGUCUCCAUUAUGCUGCAGUGAAUCUGAAGAGGAGCAAAGAACAGCAGCUUCAAGGGGACCCAGAAGAGGCUUGUUGUGUAUACUCCAGAGUAAAGAGCCCAAAGGACUAAAUGUCUGAAGCAAGAAAACGACUCACACCACUGACUUAUAUCUGUUUGAAUGUGGUGCAAUGUUUGCCAAAUGAGCAUUGCAAGUGCAGCACCGCUUCGAGAAACAAUAAAAUGUCAAAUUAAUUUAAAUAGCAACGCUGAAGUUUUAUGAAUUUCCCCUUCAAUCACCUUUGCUAACAGUCUGCGAACCUCGC